CCAGAGUCGAUUCCCUGACGCGCUUCCAAACCGCCAACGUCACGAGCGUGAGUCAUAUACCCCCCCGUUACCAGCCAGAUUGCGUUGCUGGAUCUGGAUCUGGCUUGCUCGUUGAGGAGUCCAUUGGCAUUCAGGCAUACCAAUCCGCCAAACCCAUCUUACUACUAGAGCCUCCAAACUCACGAAAGCUGCAGGACCGCUGCGGCAUCAACCUCGCGAUCGUCGUCGAGUCUCCUUGCGCAGGCUAAUUCUGUGGACUUGAGGGGCAUCCAUCGCUCACUGUCGGAUAGACGUCGAAAAGGAUACCGCUCAACUAGGGCUUCCUUCGCAACAGCUCGACCAAGCUUUGCAUCAUGGUCCAGACGAAGGUCACGACGUUCAAAGCACUAUCGCUAGUCUUCCUUCUCGCCAAACUACCUUGGGCUGUAGCAAAGCCAUCUGAUGCGGCGUUAAGAGUUGCCACCUGGCCCAAGCCACCACCAGGACCCGAGUGCUUGAACUUUGGGUCGAAACGCAAGAACUGCACCUGCGAGCCUCAGAUCGGUUUCCCGCUCGACAAAGUUCUGGGGACUUUGGACGAUGAUUACAGCUGUAACUGCCCUGUUGGAUUCGGUGGAAGAACUUGUGGCGAACCAUUAUGCGACUCGCUGGCAAGCGGGCCCAAUCGGUCACCUCGCCCCAGCGAUAAGGCUUCCUGCGAUUGCACGGACGGCUGGACAGGAAUCAAUUGCAACAUUUGCAUGCGGGAUGAUGCAUGUACGACCUUGAACCCUCCCAGAGAUCCCGAAUUUCCAGUUCCUGGUACCCCUGAGCAAGACUUACCAGUAUGUUACUCUGGGAUCAGACCUGCCACCGGCACCAACUAUCUUCAAUGCGAAGUUCGAAACAAGCGCAUCUUGGACAUGCUGAACGGACCAAAGCCGGAAAUUACGUAUUCAUGCAGUGGACCGGAGAGCACAUGCAAUUUCCAAUUCUGGGUGGACGAAAAGGAAAGCUUCUACUGUGAUAUGUCCGAGUGCAACUCGAAGCAAGUAUAUGUGGAUGAUAAGCUUCACACUACCAUCGAGUGCGGCAAGAUGCAUUGCUCAUGCUAUCCGAAUCGAUUGCUUUGCGGCGACACGGAUGGCCAUGGAUUUGAUCUCACCGAAUGGUUCCAAUCGACGGACGAAGGUCCGGUGGGCCCAGGGGCGCUAGUAUGUGAAGAAGGGAGUGCACGCCCAGGAGAAUUGCCAGAAAGAAACUGCCACUUCACUGAAAAUCACAUGAACGACCUCAUUAGUACGGUCUUCGGCGAUCCCAAUAUCCAGCUCGCCUGCCCGCUUGCUGGCGAAUGUAUGUAUGCGUCCCAGCUUCCACCGGAUCCAGCACGAAAGGAGUCGCGCUCUAGCACUCUCCUCAUUGUACUCAUGUCCGUGGCCGGAGGGCUGCUGACAGUGUUUGUGUUUGGGUUGAUCUGGUGGGUGCGCCUGCAGAAGGACGCUGAUAUCGGGGGCGCAUACGACGCGAUCCUUGAUCAGGAAGAAUCGGAUCAAGGAAGCGGGGGUCGAAGAGCCACCUUGAUGGAGCACCAUGUGCCCACCGACCUCAUGUUCCGAGAUAUCACGUAUACCAUCGACAGAGCUCAAAUGUCAUCCUCUCGGAGAUGGGGCAGAAGACGGACUACCGGUUUGCAGCUUCCAUCCGAGUCACAAGUUACGGUGCUGGACAAAGUACAGGGAAUUGUCAAAGCUGGGGAGGUCAUGGCUGUCAUGGGAGCGUCUGGCGCGGGGAAAUCUACGUUCCUGGACAUUCUGGCUAAACGAAACAAGAGCGGAUAUGUUUCUGGCGAGAUGCUCGUGAAUGGAAAGUUCAUGAGCGACGAUGAAUAUCGUGCCAUUGUUGGAUACGUGGACCAGGAGGACACGCUCAUGCCGACCCAGACCGUCUUUGAAGCGGUUCUGUUCUCUGCAUUACUACGCCUUCCCCGGCAUCUAUCGUACGACGCGAAGAAAGCACGGGUCAUGGAAACUCUCAUGGAGCUCGAUAUCCUACACAUUGCCAACAGACGCAUUGGAACAACAGGCGAAAGGGGCAUCAGUGGCGGUGAAAAGCGUCGCGUAUCAAUCGCUUGCGAGCUAGUCACCGGUCCACGUGUCCUGUUCCUGGAUGAGCCCACCAGCGGACUCGAUUCGUUCAAUGCGUACAAUGUCAUUGAGUGCUUGGUCAAUCUAGCGCGGACCUACCACCGGACAGUUAUUUUGACGAUACACCAGCCGCGGUCGAACAUCUUUGCGUUGUUUGACAAGUUGGUCCUUCUUGCGAAAGGACGCGUUGUAUAUUCUGGACCUGCCCAAGACGGGUGUAGGGAAUGGUUUGAUGAUCUCGGGUUCAGGUGUCCGCUGGGUUUCAAUAUUGCGGACUAUCUAGUCGACCUUACUAUGCAUAUCGCUAAUGAGCCAGAUCCUUCCUCUUCAACGCCAGGGGAACCGGAAGACGAGAUCGUUGUGCCGGUCAACGGAUCUUCUCCAAGCACGACAAGGCCGUCUCUGGGAAGAAGGCAGAGCACAGUACGGUUACGACAAGAGGCUCAGCUGUUUACACCACAGAAUCCACAAGUUAAAAUUGAACAGGCAUCGCCAACAGCUUCCUCGCCAGGAACGUUUGGCGAAAAGAUGAACGGUUCCGCACAUCACAAGAACAAAGGCGAAACCAACUCCGCAAGCCGAUCGGAUGAGCACGACGAAGAGUCUGACCCUGACGUCUCGCGAGUCUCCUCUCACCAUAACGAAGAGUUGAAACCACUCCUCCCGAUCCCUGACGACGGCGGCAACAGCACCAACGGGUACCUCGGUUUCCCAUCUCGCGCGGCUAUCGCAUCGAAACGUGCAUCGAUGACCCCAGAACACAUCCCGCAGCAAUUGCGUGCCCUCGUGGAGGGUUAUCGCGCAUCUCCCAUCGCCAAGUCAACGUCGGAUGCCAUCGAUGAAGCCAUCACGCAUGCCCGCGGCGAUCCUGCCAACACUUCGGGGCUCGCACCUGGUUUCUCGGAGGCUAGUUUAGCCGACCAUAUGACUCGUUUCUUCAAUGCCAGUCACGGCAGCCGCGGAAAACGACACAACGGCGCGUCGGCAGCCACUCAAUUCCUCAUCCUGUCUCAGCGUACGCUAAAGAACCUCUAUCGGAAUCCUUAUUUGCUCCUUACGCAUUAUGCCUUGUCAGUGGUCGUCGCCAUCAAUCUGGGACUGCUCUAUUGGAAGAUGGAUACGACCAUGUCCGGUUUCCAGAAUCGCAUGGGAGUGUUAUUCUUCAUAUGCGCCGUUUUUGGGUUUGGGUGUUUGAGUUCGAUGAUGGUGUUUGCUAGUGAGAGGGUGCUGUUCGUCCGAGAGCGGGCCGGAGGAUAUUAUGGUCCGGCUCCAUAUUUUGCCGCCAAGGUUCUUUUCGACAUUGUCCCUCUGCGUGUCAUCCCCCCAAUCCUUCUCUCCCUCAUCUCCUACUAUAUGAUGGGCCUGCGCUCCGAAACCCUCGCAUACUUCCUGCGCUUCGUCCUCGUCCUGGUCCUCUUCAACGCCACCGCCGCAGCGAUGUGUCUCGCCAUCUCGGUCGUCGUCGCCGACUCUGCCGUCGCCCUCCUUCUCGCUAACGUCCUCAUGCUCUAUGAGAUGCUGUUUGGAGGCAUGCUGCUCAACCGCGAUGGACUGGGCUGGUUUGGCAAACUGGGGAUUGAUCUCAGCUUCUUCCAUUCGGCGUGGGAGGCGUUGAUGGUUAAUGAGGUCAAUGGGCUGACGCUUGUGGAGAAGAGUAAAGGGUUGAAUAUUCGGGCCCCUGGCGCCUUUGUCCUCAGGAUGUUUGGCCUCGAUCCGGACGCCUACUGGACGGACGUCAUCCGCCUGAUCAUCAUGCUGUCAGCGCUGCUCAUCGCUGCACUCGCAUGGCUGUCACUGGCAGUCAAGGAGAGGCGUUGAGAUGUCCUGUUUUUGUCUUUCUGACGUUCUUAGGUUUUGGUUAAUCGCCCCCAAGCUCUUCUGUCCCAGCCUCUCCGUUUCUUAGGAUGCCGUAUGAGUACUCUGUUCACCGUAGCCACUGAUACCUUGUUUGGGAACAAUUGUCCUUUGGAAUAUAAUCCUUCAUCUAACAAUAGAGACCCGGUUGGAAGUGGGAAGAUUGGUGCAAGCAUGCAUGCGUGUGAUAAGAGGCGCUCUGUAGCCUGGCCAACAACGUACAGUACAUUUGUGCUACGGCUUCAGACAUGCUGGAUGACACAACACGGUACGCAUAUCGUUCGAGGCUUUGCGCG